AUGGCCGCCGCAACAGAUGGCUCUGCCAGGGCGGCCGCGGCAGCGGCGUCGACGUCACCGCGCACGGCAGCAGCAGCAUCCAACGGAAGCGGUCUGUCCGUCAAGCCGCCCAGCGCUGUCCCAUCGUCGGUGGCUGCCUCAGGUGCUGGUACUGGGUCGUCCUCACCUGCCGGAUUGCCUGCCUCCGUAUCGCACUUCUACUACAAGCACGGGCUCUUCUUGUCUAGCUAUCCAACCUGCGCGUCCAGUAUUGCCUUCAUGGCGAUUUUGCUCUCGUGCUAUCCGUUAAUCAACAUACCGCUGCCCGGGACAAUACCCACCAAGAUUGUGCUGCCCUAUGACGCCGGCCCUCUGCCGGCAUACUACAAUCACAGUAGCUCCACCGUUGCUCAGCCGCCCUUUCAGCCAGCCCCCGGAGAUCCCAAGUCUGCGACUGUUGGUCCUGAGCUUCUAUCUAACGCCAGUGCCACAGACCGAAAUCCGCCGCCAGUGUUACCCUGGGCGCAGAGCAGCCCUGCCUUCUACGUCCAGCAGAUAACUUUGCGCGCAAGCGUUCUGCCCUGGACCGAGGGGAUGCAACUGAUGGAUGCGUUUCGUGCGCCGCUCUACGAAGUUUUUAAAUUGCUUGAAAUUGUGAGAAAUCACCAAAGCAGCGAGAACCAACGCACCCUGGAACAUAACUGUUUGCAUGUGGAGAACGUGAAGCGCGGGGCUCACGGGCAAUUGGGACAGAUCUUCCCAGAGUACGGAUGUCUACUGCUCUCGCCGGCCAACCUAUGGACACAAAAUGCCCAGAACUUCACCCGGGACACAAAUAUUUUGAACACAAUAUUCCAGUAUCAUAACUUGCAAAAGUCGAAAGUUUCCGCUGCUGAAAUGCUUUUUGGCUUACCCAUGCAGGAUACGGGCUUUAAGCGCUACCCAUUGCGGGCUCGCUCACGGAUUAUCCAGUAUGCCCUGACUCUGGUACUCAAGCACAAUGACGUGGAAUAUUUGGAAACUCUGAAGGACAAGUUACUCCGACACUACCCGCCGCUGCCCGAGUCAUCUGCAUAUGCGGAGGAGCCGUCAACAAUAACCUACAUAUUUUACCCGGGCGAAUACAGGAUGUGGGAGCUAGUACCAUACACGGUGGCGUUUAUGUUGGUGUUCGCCUACGUCUACUUCUCAGUACGCAAGAUCGACGUGUUCCGCUCCCGCUUCCUACUAGCCCUGUGUAGUGUCUUUACUACAGCUGGCAGUCUGGCAAUGUCCUUAGGACUCUGUUUUUUCUUCGGCCUGACGAUAUCUCUGCAGUCAAAAGACAUAUUCCCGUACUUAGUCAUCCUUGUGGGACUGGAGAACAGCUUGGUAAUCACGAAGAGUGUUGUGUCCAUGGACGAGACGUUCGAUGUGAAGAUCCGCGUGGCCCAGGCUUUGAGCAAGGAGGGCUGGCACAUUUCAAAGACACUGCUAACGGAGAUUACCAUUUUAACUAUUGGCCUCGCCACAUUCGUACCCGUCAUCCAGGAAUUCUGCAUAUUUGCAAUAGUCGGCUUGCUUUCAGAUUUUAUGCUGCAGAUGCUACUGUUCUCGACUAUCCUGGCUAUGAACAUAAAACGGGCCGAAUACACAACAGAAGCAAAGCAUCUCCCAAAGAUGAUGUUAAGUUGUACUCAGGGGACUGCUGGGCGACAGGACUUUCGCUUUUUCGGGGCUGCCACGACGAUGCCAUCAACCUUUGUUCCGGGCACCUUCCAGCGCUCCCAGUCUCAUCCGAAACUGUGCUUUGCUGAUGCCGCUGGUGUCGGCGAGCGGUCAAAUCUAGUCAACCCUGGACACUCGCCAGUGGAGCAGCGUAUUCCAAAGCGUAUAAAGAUUGUGAACUUUUGGGCGCGUACUCGCUUCUUUCAGCGCGCCUUUAUGAUCUGGAUGAUUGUUUGGAUCUGCUCUAUAGUAUACAAUUCAGGGUGUCUAGAGCAAUUGUUCAGCAUGCAAAGCAAUGGGACGAUGACAGCCACUAUGGAGCUGCAGCGGCGCCUUCAGGCGGGGCGAGGAGCUGUCAGCAGCUUUUUCGAGGGGUGGCAGACGGCAGACGGACAGCGAACAACAACUACGAGUUCCACACCUAGUAGCAGCGCCUACUCCACACCAAACGAUGCACCUCCUGCCCUCACGAAUGAAGUGAAUGAGACGGGCGAAGAACUGCUGCGACUGCGGUACCCUAACUUUGACCUAAACUAUUUCCUUUCAAACUUUCACUGGUCGACAAUAAUGAAGCAAUAUAACGUCUCACUGAGUGGCCAGUAUGUCACCCUGCUGCCCAGCAUUCGCCUAAGCCACGCUCUCACUCCAGAGCUAGCUGCACUGUUGCGAAAUCCGCAGGAGCAACUGCAGCAAAACUUUCAAUGGAAGGCUUUGGCUGCUGCCCUAGAUCCGUUGGACUUUAACGAUGAUGAUGUGCAUCGCGAGUCGCCGAUGGUUAUGCCGGGUGGAAUGCCGUUGGUCCCGAAGAGUCCAAUGGAAAUAUUCUUUGCUAUUCUGCUUUGCUGCAUCAGCAUCUUCGUGCUUUGCUACACGAUGGUCGUCUUUUACCGCUGCAUCUGCACUAGAAACUAUGCCGAGUGGCGAUCCAGUUGGCACGAGUUCGAAGCGCCCCACAAGCAGACGGAGCAAAUUCUUGAGGGCGUGCCGACGCAAGUCGCUGGUCAUAAGCACCGCAUCGAGUGUCUGGUCUCCGAUGGGGCUUACAUCAUUAGCUGCUGCCUCAAAGGUCAAAUCCGCGUUUGGGAUGCCCGUAGCGGGGAGCAGCUGGCAAGCAUUGCCCGUUCAGACAUGCAGAUCUCGCAGCCAAGGUCGGACGGGCAGACUUUAGUGCGCAAGCUACCUGUGUCGCCGGUCUGGUGUUUAGACUACUUUGACAACCUCAUAGCAGUCGGUUGCGCCAACGGGCGAGUAGAGUUGUGGGAAUCUCCGGCCGGCGUGCUAAAGUGCGCCUACCAGGAGGACGCAAAGCGAAACCAAGGCAUCACCCACAUUCAUCUGAAUGGAGACCGGGUGAUUGUGGCGCGUUUGAAUGGACGCCUGGACUUCUAUCGUCUGGAGACAUACUAUAAGGGCAAGCAGAUCGAUUGGGGAUUUACUUCCGCAUACAGGCGUACUCACGUCCGAACUGGAUCAACUGGGAGCCUGGGACUGAUGCAGCGCUGCCAGCAGGAUAUGGCACCGAAGACCACCAAAGAAGAAAUGAAAAUUACGUUGGAGAGUGUACGGCUCGCACACCAGCAGCCUAUAACAUGCAUGCAGGUUGCCAACGAUAUGGUCUUCACCGGCAGUCAGGACCACACACUUAAGGUGUAUUGUCUCAACAAGACGGAUGUGGAGUAUACACUGCACGGACACUGCGGACCCGUUACCUGCCUGUUUGUCGACCGGUGGCAACCGGGCACCGGAGGUUCUGGUUCACAGGACGGCUUACUUUGCGUCUGGGAUCUGUUUACGGGCGCAUGUAUGUACAACAUUCAGGCACAUGACGGUGCCGUCAGCUGCCUUGCCUGCGCACCGAGCUACGUCAUCUCUCUGGGGACGGACGAGCGGAUCUGCGUGUGGGAGCGAUUCCAGGGCAACCUGCUGACCACCAUCAAUAUCUCCAAUGCCUACUCGAGCUUACUGAUGCUUACUCCUUCGCUGUUGGUAACCAGUAAAAUGGGCUCUCUCAUCGUGUGGGAUGUGCGCACAGGGCAGCCGGCUCGCGAGGUCAAACUGGACUUUGCCAAUCGACAGCUGUGCCCAAAAAUCAUGAUGCUUGCCUGCGAUUCCGUGAUUUGCGACUAUGGUAAUGAGAUCCGCGUCGUGCGCUUUCCCAUAGUGGCCGAUAAGUGCCACUGAAAAAGUGGGGAUCAUUAGAUCAUUAGAUCUUGGUUUUCUGAAUAGCCUCGAAACUAACUCAAAUUGAAAUAUGGUUUUCAAACAUAUUUACGAUUUAGCCAGUGGGGCUUUUUAUUUAAGUUAUUAUGAUUCACUAUGAUUUAGUUGUAAUAUUGGAACACCAAGUGUGUAAACAACUUUGAUAGGUUAAUGGAUCUAAACUAAAUGAUGAAUUAAAUAUAUAUACACAUAUAUUUUUGCGUAACUACAUUUUAACUAAAAAUAGUGUCUUAAAACGCCUCAGCAUAACACAAUGACUAAAUUUUAGAUUAAAACUAUAUGUAUAUUUAUUAAAAUCCCCUACGCUUAAUUUUCUAUAUGAAAAGUAAAACUUACCACAAAUAA